GUAACAGUUCCGGGGGGACAGCAUUAACAGUCGGACCUUCACAUGUUUACACAUGAGGUUUCCACAUUAGAUCCUUCAGUGGCUAAUUUAUCCUUUUUCCACCCUUUUGAACAAUUCUGCUGAAGACAUAACGACUUUAAAACAAUCAUGAGUUCCGCAGCACAAAGGUUUAUGUCGGAAACAUUUUCUUUUCGUCGUUUUUGAGCUGCUGAAGUCUCAGCCUCGUCCGUUUCUGUAUCAGAGCCUGUUGCCUGUGUUAUAUCCAGCUGUUUGUUUAAAAUGGGAAAGCUAAGGAAGAAGCACAACUGGAAAGGAAGGCAGCAAAGUGAAACGCAUCAACCAGCAAAGGAAGAGAAGACGGAUAUUGUGGUGGAGCUAAACGAUGGGGAUCGGAUGAAAGGUGUAGACGACAGCAACGCUCUGGUCCUUCCAGCCUCCAAACACAAGAAGAAGAAAGAGGAGGAAUCUAAGAAAAAGCCCGUGACCUCCAAAAAACCUCUGACGAAGAAACAGAGGAAGGAGCUUCAAAAGGUCCUGGAGCGCAAAGAGAAAAAAGCUCAGAGGGCAGACAUCCUCACCAAACUGGCCGAGGUCCAACUUCCAGAGUCUGAACUGAAGCUUUUGUUCACAACAUCCAAACUGGGAACAGGAGACAAGCUUUACCAAACUAAACAGUCAUUGGAUGAAGAAAAAGAUGGAGCUUCUGGUCCAAAGAUUAGUAGUGUGAGCGGGGCAAACAGGAAGAGAAAAUGGGAAGAUGAGGAGGAAGAGCAGCAAAAAGAAGAAAGCAGUGAUGAAGACACAUCCUCUGAUGAGGAGGAAGAGGAACAGAAAGAGGACGAUAGAGAGGACAAUUCUGUAGGGACAAAUGAACAUAAGGACGUUGAUGAAACCAAACUGGAGGCGAAGCUGGAGCAGAACAUUGCAGAUCCAGAUAAGCAAAAGGAGACGGUUCCUAAUAAGAAGACUGUGCAAAGCAAGAGGCCGUCAGAGCCGGCUGUGUUUAUUCCAGUUGACAGAUCAGCAGAGAUUCAGGAGGCUCGUCUGAAGCUGCCAGUGCUGGCCGAGGAGCAGGUCAUCAUGGAGGCAGUCAGGGAGAAUCCCUGCGUUGUUAUCUGUGGGGAGACAGGAAGUGGAAAGACAACGCAGGUGCCUCAGUUCCUGUAUGAGGCUGGUUAUGCCUGUGACAGCAGGAUAAUUGGGAUCACAGAGCCGAGGAGAGUCGCAGCGGUCAGCAUGUCGCACAGAGUGGCCAAAGAGAUGAACCUUCCCUCCCAAGUCGUAUCAUACCAGAUUCGAUACGAAGGCAACGUGACGAGCGACACGAAGAUCAAGUUCAUGACAGACGGUGUUCUGCUGAAGGAGAUCCAGAAGGAUUUUCUGCUUCAGAGAUACAGUGUGAUAAUCAUAGACGAAGCCCAUGAACGAAGCGUUUACACGGACAUCCUCAUCGGCUUGUUGUCUCGCAUCGUCCCACUGAGAAACAAGAAAGGAAUGCCCAUGAAGCUGCUGAUCAUGUCGGCCACUCUGCGCGUCGAGGACUUCACAGAAAACCAGAAGCUUUUUCAGAUGCCGCCUCCUGUCAUCAAGGUGGACGCCCGGCAGUUCCCAGUUACCAUCCAUUUCAACAAACGAACUCCGCUGGAGGAUUACACCGGAGAAGCCUUCCAGAAGAUCUGCAAAAUCCACCGCAUGCUGCCUCCCGGGGGGAUUCUGGUGUUUCUGACGGGUCAGGCUGAGGUCCACAGCCUCUGCAGGAGACUCAGGAGAGCGUUUCCUUUCAGGAAGAGCAGCACGGCCGCUGCUGAAGAUGAGGAAGAGGACACGGCUGAGGCAAUGAGGAAAUUUAAGAAGGCCAAACAGAAGAAGAAUGUUUCUCUGCCUCGGAUCGACCUGGAUAACUACUCUGCCCUGCCGGUGGACGAGGGCGACGAGGACAGAGAGGCUGGGAUCAGAGAUGAGGAGGACGGAGGCUCGGACCUCGAGAUCGGGGACGAUCCAACCGAGUCGGAAUGCAAGGCUGACCCGUCCAUUCCUCUGUUUGUUCUCCCACUGUAUUCGCUCUUGGCUCCUGAGCAGCAAGCUAAGGUGUUCAGGCCGCCUCCACCUGGCACUCGUCUCUGUGUCGUAGCCACCAACGUCGCUGAGACAUCUUUGACCAUUCCUGGCAUCAAAUAUGUUGUCGACUGCGGCCGGGUUAAGAAGCGUUACUACGACAGAGUGACGGGUGUGUCAUCCUUCAAAGUCUCAUGGACCUCUCAGGCCUCAGCCAAUCAGAGGGCAGGCAGAGCCGGACGAACGGAGGCCGGACAUUGUUACAGGUUGUAUUCCUCUGCGGUUUUUGGAGACUUCAGUGAGUUUUCUGAGGCAGAGAUCACUCGCCGCCCCGUAGAGGAUCUGGUUCUGCAGAUGAAGGACCUCAACAUCGAGAAGGUGGUUAAUUUUCCUUUUCCCACACCUCCAUCCACCGAGGCUCUGAUCGCUGCAGAGGAGUUACUGGUUUCACUGGGAGCUCUGGAAGAGCCGCCUCGCUCUGGAAGGAUAAAAACCUUGCAGCAAGCGAAGUUGAGCUGUCCCAUCACCUCGCUGGGCAGAGCGAUGGCUUCAUUCCCCGUGUCGCCACGUUAUGCAAAGAUGUUGGCGCUCGGGAAGCAGCAGGACUGUUUGCCGUACAUCAUCGCCGUGGUUUCAGCCAUGACUGUCCGGGAAAUCUUUGAGGACUUUGACAGACCUGCUCGUAGUGACGAUGAGAGCUCCAAGCUUACCCAGCGUCGAGCUCGGCUGGCCCAGAUGAGGCGCUUGUGGGCGGGGCAAGGAGCUUCACUCCUGCUGGGGGAUCUCAUGGUGAUGCUGGGUGCUGUUGGUGCUUGUGAGUUUGCUGGCUGCACUCCCAAGUUUUGUGAGGAAAACGGACUGAGAUUCAAAGCAAUGGUGGAGAUCAGGAGGCUCAGAGGUCAACUUACCAACGCAGUGAACGCAGUGUGUCCGGAGGUGGGCGUAUUUGUGGAUCCAAAGAUGACUCCACCCACUGAACAUCAGGUGGUUUGCCUGCGGCAGAUUGCUCUGACCGGACUGGGAGACCACCUGGCGAGACGUGUCCAAGCAGAAGACAUGCUGGACCCGAAGUGGAAGAAUGCAUACAAGACUCCUCUGAUGGAUGAUCCAGUGUUCAUUCAUCCAAAUUCUGCUUUGUUCAAAAAGCUGCCAGAGUUUGUGGUCUAUCAGGAGAUCAUGGAGACUUCCAAAAUGUACAUGAGAGGUGUUUCAGCAGUAGAAGCAGACUGGGUCCCUGAGCUCCUGCCUCAGUACUGCCACUUCGGCCCUCCUCUGGACUCACCGGCGCCGUGGUUCUGCUCUUCCACCGGCACCAUCAGAUGCCACAGAUCAAGCACAUUCUUCCGGGUGGGUUGGCAGCUGCCGGCAGUGGAGAUGGAGUAUCCUGAAGGUUUGGAGCGCUACAGGCUGUUUGCCAGGUUUCUUCUGGAAGGACAGGUUUGUCCCAAGCUAAAGAAAAACACGGGCCACCUUCUGUCAAACCCCUCCAUCAUGAUGAAAACUUGGGCAAAACUCCAGCCCAGGACAGAGGCUUUACUGGGACCACUGGUUUCAAGAAGGGUUGACAGCAGAGAUGCUCUCCAUUCUAUCUGGAAGACUGAAGAUAAAUUUCUGUUGUCUGCAUACUGCCAGUGGUUACCUGAGGCCACACACCAAGAAGUCGCCAAAUCCUGGCCUCCAAUUUAAAUGCCAGAAUCACAGCAGAAACGAGAGAUGAACUGACCAGAGAGAGAGAUGAGACCGCCUGCCUCACCCCCAAAAAACGAUUUGGGUCAUUUUUUGUAAAACGUUUCUAUUGUGUAUCUACAGCAGCACCACAGCUACUUUUCUCAGCUUCAUGUUGUUUAUAUGAAGUGUGAGUUUUGUAGGAAGGAAUAUUAUUUUUCUAGUUCUGUACUGAUGUUUUCUGUGUGUUUGCUGCUGUAAAAAACUUGUACUGCAGUAUUGGUCUUCAUAAGACUUUAUAAAACAUUUGAUGU